AUGGGAGUAACAAAAAAACCUGACUUGAACGAUCCUGUAUUAAGAGCUAAAUUAGCUAAAGGUAUGGGUCAUAAUUAUUAUGGGGAACCCGCAUGGCCCAAUGAUCUUUUAUAUAUUUUUCCAGUAGUAAUUCUCGGUACUAUUGCUUGUAACGUGGGCUUAGCGGUUCUAGAACCUUCAAUGAUUGGUGAACCCGCGGAUCCAUUUGCAACUCCUUUGGAAAUAUUACCUGAAUGGUAUUUCUUUCCUGUAUUUCAAAUACUUCGUACAGUACCUAACAAGUUAUUGGGUGUUCUUUUAAUGGUUUCAGUACCCGCGGGAUUAUUAACAGUACCUUUUUUGGAAAAUGUUAAUAAAUUCCAAAAUCCAUUUCGUCGUCCAGUAGCGACAACCGUUUUUUUGAUUGGUACUGCAGUAGCCCUUUGGUUGGGUAUUGGAGCAACAUUACCGAUUGAUAAAUCCCUAACUUUAGGUCUUUUUUAA